AUGAAUGCGAAAGGACUUCCAUGGGCAUGUAUUGGAGUAAGCUUCCUUACGCUUGUGAUGUCAAUUAUUUUAUUGGUCACUGCAUCAGUCUUUACUAAUCAUUCAUCUUAUCUUCAACAUUAUUUUGGAAUUUGUUUUUCAAUGUCCAUUUUUACUCUUGUUAUUACUUCAUUGGGUAUAAUUUUUGCUUGUGGUCUUAUGUAUGUUGCAUUUCGACGAUUUCCGGCAUUAACAACACUAUUUUCUGGUUUAUUAUGUUUUGUUGCUCUUCUUUCUUUAAUAGUUUGUAUUUUUCUUCUUAUUGCUCGACCACAUCUUCGAGAUAGAUCUAUGAAGAAUACUAAAAGUAUGAUGAGUGAUUAUAAUGAUUCGGAUUUUCUUAGAAGUUCAAAACAAAUUAUGGGACGAGUUCAACAAAGAUAUCAAUGUUGUGGUGCUGAUCGAGCAUUAGAUUGGCAAGUUCGAUUUCCUGACAAUAGUAGUACACCUGAUUCAUGUUGUUUUACUGAAACUACUGGUUGUGGUAAAGAUGCUUUGAUUGGACAAAAUAAAAUAUAUUUACGUGGUUGUGCUGAACCUCUUGCUGCUCAUUAUCGAACUCGAUAUUCUACACUUGUUGGUAUGCAUUUUACUCUUAUUGGACUUUGUUUAGCUAGUGCAGCACUUGGCUUAGCAUGGGAACGUCAUAUUCGACAAGAAUAUCAAUUAAUGUAA